AUGAAGGUGUACGAGGAAAAUACUGACCGUUCAGCAGAAGUCCAUCUGUUUGCCGCAGGAACCAUCAAACACCUACCUGAGUACGGCGAAUACGUUGAUCCAUUCGAUGGAGCCAUUGGAUGCUAUGUCCCAGUCAAAAUCGGCGACCAAAUCAAGGUCGGAGGCAGGUUCGACGGAACAACUAAAGCGAUGCACCACGACGUGCUGGUUGAUGGUAUCUAUCGCAAGUCACAGGAGUACGCUGGGAAGAGUUUCAUCGUGCAAAAGAACAAAAAGCUGGACACCCCUAAAUACCUCUACAAGAUCGAGGACGGCAUCCUGGAUACCGAUCUCGUAGUGCGUAAACUGCCCCCUGGCUUCGAGCCUCGCAAACACGAGCCACCCUGCUUGGGAACCAUCGAAGUGCGAAUUUGUGUGCUGCGUCGUCCAGGUGAAGAGCAUACUCUUUACGAUGUGACUACCUAUGAAGACAUCAUGAACGAGGGGUUCACUGGCAAAGCGCCCGCCGGAAGCCUCGAGUGUUCUCCGGAUUGCCGGAUGGGAUUUGAGAUGAAUGUAACGCCGCUUGAUAAUGCCACGGCUAACAGGCUCAGAAAGAAGAUGACUGUGAAGCGUCCCGGUCUAGAGACAUGGGCUGUCUUCCGCUUCCAUUACCGCAGCCAGGUAUCGAUCAGGGAGUCUGGGUUUGACUUAACUCUGCACGCCGACAUGCGCAAAUCUGAACGACCUGAGCCCCGAAAACUACUCAUUGAGUCUGUGCCUGUGCCGGAUAUCUCUAAGCCUGGAGGCUCAGAGGUCGAUGUCAACUCGACACGCCAGUCCUCUCCGGCCCCAUCCAUUGCCAGCCACAGAACGCCCGCAUUGCCCCCCAGCAAUGCCUCUGCGAAAGACACUACACACUCUCUUUCCUCUCCAAUCUCGCCAAAUAGCCACUCCACUUACGACAUCGAGGAACUGAAUCGAAAAUUUGGCUUGCGUACACUUCCGCUUUCCAAGCCUACUUCUACUCAUAAGAUGGAUGUUCCUCAGGACAAGGUCUCGGAUCUCGGAGAACAUCAUCAGAACGACAUGACCAAACCGACCAAACAAACUCUAGACGAAGAGAGCAUUACCGGACACGUCCUCACGAAGAAGCCAAGCGAGAUGUCGCUCACCGGGUUCACCGACCCAGACCCCAACCACACGGACGAUUCCACCGCAGACGACAUGCUCCCCAGCACCCUGACCGCCCCAACCGUCUCCAUGCUCACCACCCCAGAAGCCAAACGCCUCUCCACGCCCACCAUCGCCGGCCCUCCAAAGCGCACCCAGACCCUCAGUCCCCCCGGCUCCCCGGACCCCAAACGCCCCAGGCAAUCCCACGAGCUACCACCACCCACCUACCUCUCCAGUGUUCUCGCAUCCACCACCCGCUCGGGAUCCCCCUCCCUCUCGCCCGCACCGUCCCGCUCCUCCGUCGCCGCACAGCAGCUCGCCGAAGCCCGCGAGCGCCUCAUGGCGUCCCGGGCGAAGCGCGCCCGCGCGGAGGACAAGCGCAAGCAGGUCGACGAGACGCUGGCGCCGUACCUCAAGCGCAUGGAGGAGGAGAUCGAGGCGGUGAAUAAGCUUGCGAAGGAGGAGGAGGCCGCGGCUGAGGAGUGCGAGUUGCAGCUUCAGGAGAGCAUGGAGCUGCUGCAGAAGUUCCAGAGUGAGGAAGAGGAGGAGGUUGAUGCUGACGACGAGUGA